AUUAGCUCCAAAGUAGCUUGAUAUUAAGCACUGUGUUUUAUAUGUUAUAUAUGUUUUCUCUGUUUUUGAACAAAAAAAAGGGUGGUAAAAAUAAUUCAAUUCAGCAAAUAAUCUGUGGCUUAGAGACGAAUAAGAGCCAAAUAACAAGUGUCUUUGUAUUCCAGGUCUUCAAGAACAGCAUGCGUUUUUUUUUUGUUUUUUUUUUUAACGCCUCAGUUCAUAAAAGCAUCUUCUUCCUUAUGCAAGAAAUUCUCCUCCUAAUUGACUUUGCUAGCCUGGAUGUAAUUAGUUUCCUUUACAGUAAAGAGAAAAAAACACCCUCACACCUCUAUAUCUCAGCAUGAUUCAGGUCACUCUUUCUUUGGUGUCCUUUUGUCUGACUAAAAUAUGCCAACAGCUUCAUUCAGCUGCCUCAUUAGGACAUACAUGCCAUUUCUUAUAUAUUCUUCCUAGCUGCUGAUAAUUGACACAGAAAUUCACUCAGUUGAAGCGAGGCUGUGGAUGAAGAUGUGUGACGUACGUUUUCAGGGGUCUUUAAGAACUGGAGACAGAGUGGUCCACUGGAAAUAAAGGUAUGAGUCCUGCUUCUGUUGUCACAGGAGGAGUUUCAGGGUUUUAAGAUGUCUAUCGCAGUGUUUCUGUCAGCACUGUUGAUACUGGGCGGGCUGGAAGGGGUGACUGCAUCUGACCUGCAGUUUUAUGGGAAAUCAGUCCCCAGGGAUAAAACUUUGCUGGGCAGUGAAGAUGGGAGACACACUGUGAGGAGACAAACGCAGCAACAGACCAAGAGCAUACCCCGCAGAAGUUUGGAUCUUGAGAGCUUCAAAUUCGAUCCGACCCCAACCAGUAAAAUCAGUCUCCCCAUCAUGAUCAGGCUGUAUCCGCCCACUGUCCAGCCCCUCACCAAGUAUAUCAAAAUGCCCCCGCGCUUUGGGAGGCAGAGCAACAACGAUGACGACACGACCCCAAACUCCACCCCCAACAUGCCGCAGAGGUUUGGAAGAGCCUGGGAAUUGAUUCAAAUGUGUCCUGGGUGCCCCCGUGUCCGAGGGGCAGUGAACGCAGCGCUACCUCAGCGGUUUGGGAGGAACAUUUUGUCCUGGAGACUCCUCAGGACUCUGGUCAGUGAUCACACCCUAAAAAAGGACGUGCACUGGACUGAAGAUUUUGACCUCACAGAGAACUCAGAGGAGAUGGAGACAGAACACAUCAAAGGAUGA